GGGGGCGGCCCUGGUAGGGGGUCGGCCUUGUUCAGUACCUGCCCACCAGUUUCACAAAGCAGGAAGACAACCUGACCGAAACCCCGUCGUUGUAAUAUGAAAACACGACAGAGGAGAGAAAGGGAAUACUAGCACAGAGAAUACCCGCAGAGUUACAUCGACAGGAGGACAGAAAACGGCUGCGUUAGUUCCCGGCUGCUUUUUUCAUAUCGGAACGACCAAAGGGCAGGAAGCAGGUUUUCAGCUCGCUAAGUUAGCCUGCUUGCUAACUUUAACGUCGGUCCGGGUCGAGAUUCUUUCACAGUUGGUCUGGUUGCGCAAAAGGGGAUAGUUACUUUGCUCGGUUUUAAACCCCCGUUAACGUUUCAUCAUGGGAUCCAGAGCGUCAUCGUUACUCAGAGAAGAGGAAAUUGAAGAAAUUAAGAAGGAGACCGGCUUCUCCCACAGUCAGAUAACUCGCCUGUACAGUCGCUUCACCAGUCUGGAUAAAGGUGAAAACGGCACUCUCAGUCGAGAAGAUUUCCAGAGGAUCCCAGAGUUGGCCAUCAAUCCUCUGGGAGACCGAAUAAUCAAUGCAUUCUUUCCUGAGGGAGAGGACCAGGUAAACUUCAGGGGCUUCAUGCGGACCUUGGCUCACUUCAGACCGAUUGAGGACAAUGAGAAGAACAAGAACUCGACUGCCAGCGAGCCACUCAACAGCAGGACAAACAAACUGCUCUUUGCUUUCCGCCUGUAUGACCUUGACAGAGAUGACAAAAUUUCUCGGGAUGAGCUGCUGCAGGUCUUGAGGAUGAUGGUUGGCGUAAACAUUUCAGAUGAACAGCUUGGCAGCAUUGCUGACCGGACCAUCCAGGAGGCUGACACGAACGGGGAUAACUCCAUUUCCUUCAAUGAAUUCAUCAAGGUCUUGGAGAAGGUGGAUGUGGAGCAGAAAAUGAGCAUCCGGUUCCUGCACUGAGUUUCAUUUUUUCUAAGUUUGAGUGGAGCUUCAACGUGUCAGUUGAUGUAGGACACAACCUCAUCCUGCUUCUCUGCAGGCUGCUGUGACCCCCCCACCAUGAGUAAACACUGUCAGACCAAGCAUUAGGUAGAUAAUGUCAAAGAUCUUGAGUUUCUGCCUUUGCACUGCUCUAUAAACAAAGGGAAAAGUUGCGUGCCUUGGGUUGUUUUAUGCAAUGUCACUAUGUAUUUUUUUCCGAGUAAUGGAACAUUAUUUAUGAGAAAACUUGUAGAGAUGGAGAGAUAGUAACACUACUGUUCCACUUUUUACAUUAAUAGGAUUUAUAGCACAGUAUGGUAAAUCUUUUUGCUAUUGCAACGAGUACGUUUACUCAUACUGUUCCAUGGAUACUUAUCACAAGCUGCAUCUUUGUCCAUACAAAUAUGCAAUUGUUCAAAGUGAAACUUGUAAGAUGUGUGAUGCCACUUCAAAACAAAUAGUGUUUUUAAUGCUAACAUGAUCUUAUGACUCCUUUUUUUUUUUUUUACUUGUGGCAGAGCAAGUUAGACCAGCCAGCUCUAAGUUUGUCCCUUGAAGCAAAGCAGCACCUGCUCCACAGAUUUUUGUGUUUUACUCACUGAAGUGCAAUGGCUUUGGUUCUCCUUUGUAAGUUAUUAUCUCAACAGUAAACAGGAACCGAUGGCCAUGUUUGUGUGUUUUGUUUUUCACAUGAGUUAACCUAGCUACUUCCAAUAGAUUUUAAAUACCUGUCUCAAUUGUUGGACUAAAACCAAAGCAAGUUUGACCUUCCUUCAAAGCCAGUAACCACCCGGGGCCUGUUGGAGGCACUGCUGAAUCUCUUUGUUUGUUAUGUUGUAUAUAAUGAACUGCCUAUUAAUUUAAAGCUAAAAUUGUGGCGGCAAGAAUGAAAGUUUCACACAAAAUGCCGCUAUGUCUUUGGCUAGUAUGUAAGUCUCCACUUGCACCGGAUUUGACAGGUAAAGAUAGUAUAUUUGCAAAAUGUUACAAGGAUUUAACUGCCACUGGGGCUUGCUUUCAACAGUCUUUUCUUCCUGAUUGAGACGUAAUAAAGCCGUGACUAACAGCAUCAGGCCCUGUGGUGGGAACUGGGCGGUGGACCAGUUAGUUUGUUGACUCAGAACAGUUAAACUCAUGAUCACGUGCUAUGCCUCUGUUUAUAUGAUCAGUCUCCCUGUGGCUAAGGAAAAAAAAGUCUUCGUUAAUUUAUGCGCUGCUCAUGAUUUGUCGUGCAUUUUAUUUCGCCACUGAGCAGAUCCAUAUGAUUAAAAGAGAAUCCGAUGCAUUAAUGUGUAUUUUCUGUGCAGGCUAGUGUACGAUGAAUUGGAGUGCUUAUGUCUGACCCUUUUAAUCGUUAAUUUAAGUUUGUUAAAUCAUUACAAGAACACCCUCCAGCAGCUGAGUGCAGGAAAUACAGCUCAACCAUCUUGUCAAUCAUUAUGUGAUUAUCAAUCAGAUAUGAUUCACAUGUUAUGUGAUGUUGGUCUAGGUAUUAUCAAAGUGAUUCAUGAAUUUGAUUCGAAUAAAAUAAGUGCUAUCCUUUC